CAUUUGGGAAUGCAAAAACAGUACAUAAUAAUAAUUCUAGUCGAUUUGGGAAAUUUAUCCAAGUUAAUUACAAAGAAUAUGGAAUGGUUCAUGGUGCUAUUGUGGAGAAAUACUUGUUGGAGAAAUCUAGAAUUGUUUCUCAAGCAAAAAAUGAAAGGAAUUACCAUGUCUUUUAUUAUCUUCUGAAAGGAGCCUCUGCAGAGGAACGAAGUUUUCUUCAUUUACACGAUGCCACGGAGUAUCAUUACCUUUCUCAGAGUAACUGUUAUACUGUUGAUGGUGUCGAUGAAGAGCAUGAAUUUGCCCGUUUAAAGCAGUCUAUGGAAAUGGUUGGUUUUUCUACUGAAAGACAGCACAGGAUUUUCUCUGUGUUGUCUGCUGUGUUACAUCUUGGUAACGUGGAGUUCAAGAAGAAAGGAGAUCUCCACCAUGAUGAAUCUGUAGUGAUUAGGAACGAAGCUGUUAUCACUGUGAUAUCUAAUUUACUGAAGGUGAAGGAAACGACACUCAUUGAUGCCUUAACCCAGAAAAGAACCGUUGCUGGAGGAGAGACAGUUUUUAUGAACUACAAAAUGGAAGAUGCAAUCGCUACCAGAGACGCACUUGCUAAAUGUUUAUAUGGUGUGCUCUUUGACUGGAUCGUACUGAAGGUCAACCAUGCUCUCCUUGCCAAACGCCACAACAGCGAACAUCAGGUAGACUUCUCCCCUGCCCCGUCUUGCACCCGGUAUGAUCAGAACCCCCCCUACACACAGGGAAAUUCUAUUGGAGUUCUGGAUAUAUUUGGUUUUGAAGACUUCCAUAAAAAUAGCUUUGAGCAGUUUUGUAUUAAUUAUGCAAACGAACACCUCCAGUAUUAUUUCAACCAACACAUCUUCAAGUUGGAACAGGAAGAGUACCAACGAGAAGGAAUUCAGUGGAAAAAUAUUGAAUUUAUUGACAAUACUGGUUGUCUGGAACUUUUUUCUAAAAAGCCAAAUGGUCUUUUCUGCUUGCUAGAUGAAGAGUGCAAUUUUCCUGGUGCUAGUAAUGACACCCUAUUGUCCAAGUUCAACCGUCAUCAUAAGGGCAAACCUUAUUAUGAGGUGCCCCAACUUCGGGAAGGUGCCUUCGUGGUUGUCCAUUAUGCUGGCAAAGUGAAGUACAGCACAGUGGAUUUCCGAGAGAAGAAUUCUGACCUCAUACGUACUGAUAUUGUCGGAGUUCUCAAGAACAGUAGUUCGGUUUUUGUCAAAGAACUACUUGGAGUUGACCCAGUCGCUAUUUUACGGUGGGGAUUGCUGAGAGCUUUCUUCAGAUGUGUUGCUGCCUUUAUUUCUGCUGGUAAAGAAUACCAACAGAAUGGAAAAUCCAGGAAACCUCCAAAGAAGACGAACGAAACAUCUCACCGAGAAAGUUGCAAAUUAUCUAGUGAUAAUUUAUUAAGGUCAGACUUACAAAGGACAUGCUGUAGUAAUUUGGGUAAUAAAUUAUUCAACAGUUUAGAGAGUAUACGGCAUGCUGGGAAUGGUGACCUGCUACCUGUCAAUGGUGUAUCCUCUCCUCCUUCCAAAGAGAGAACAGCACUGCCACUGCAUGAAAACCAACUGACCAGUAUUGCAUGUCCACUCUCUACUAACCACAAGCAAGCCACGACUGCUACUACAGCUGCUGCUACUAACACUACUACUCAUACUACUACUACUAAUUCUUCCAACGCAACUCCUCCUCUUCCUCUUACCACGGCUACUGACCAUUUUGCUGUCUCACAUCCAACAUCUUGUCCCAGUGGCAGCAGAGUGUGUGGUGUCAUUGGCAGCAGUACAGACAGCUGUCAUCAUAGCCAUACCCUGGGUCACAACAAGAUGACUGAUCAUGUACUUACCAGCCCUGUAGAGAACUAUUUACCAGUAGCUGAUGCCCUCCUCAUUAUGAAGGCACAGCAGGUGAUUAAGAAAAACAAGUGUACGAAAUCCAAGUACAGACAAAGUGUUAGUUACAGAGAUGUCCGGACGUUGAAGACGAUUGCAACACGUACUAUGAUUGGAGGUGGAAGGUUUCCUUUCAAAAAGCAACCCCCAAGUGUCAGUGCUCAAUUUCAGUGGUCCCUCUCCAGGCUGAUGGAAGCUCUAAGUCAAGGCAACCCAUUCUUUGUACGUUGUAUCAAGUCUAAUUCUGAAAAGGCUCCUUGUCAAUUUGAUGAUGACCUAGUUCUACGUCAGCUCCACUACACAGGCAUGUUGGCUACCGUGAAGAUUAGACAAUCUGGAUACAACUACCGACUCACAUUUGAUGAAUUCAUUCAUCAGUAUAAAAUUAUUCUUCCAAAUGGUCUUCUGAGUUCAAAGGAAGAUGUAAAGAAAUUCUUGGAAUGCAUGGAUCUGAAUCAAGAGAAUUAUCAGAUUGGAAUUACUAAAGUAUUUCUACGAGAGGUGGAGAAAGUGCGGCUUGAUGAGGCUUUACAUCGGGCAAUUAUGCAACGAGUGAUAACCAUACAACGAUGGAUGAAAGCCUUGUUGGAACGACAAAAUUUCAUCAAGCAACGAGCUGCUGCCUUGAAUAUUCAGUGUCAUGUAAGGCGAUUCUUGGCCCAGAGAAAACUGGCUCACAAGAAGCUGGAACGAGAUGCUGCUAUAACUAUACAGUCUGCUGUUCGUAUGAUGAUAGCACGGAAGAAGUUUUUGAUGGUCCAACAAUCUGUUACUCUUGUGCAGCCUUUUAUCAGAGGAUGUCUGACUCGGAAAAGGGUAACAAAGUUGUUGGAAGAAGCUCGUCAGAAGAAGAUCACAGAACAGCAGGAUUGGCAGUCAUCGAUUAGUGAUGAAGGGAUUCUGACGAAAGGAUUCAGCGCUGAAGAACUGGAACUUGACACAGAACAUCGACAUGUUCAAAGGCAUGAUUCUGAGGAGAGUAGUGGUAUUUUAGAAGAUUCCGAGACCGAAGCAGUCUCAAGCAGCACCAGAGGCAACACUGAUCCAGUAAUCUCUCCUGUUCAUACUCCAACAUCUCCUGAAGAAGAAGAAAAAAUCAAUAAUGUUCCUUUUAUUGCAAAGAAACCUUUUAAUGCUGGCCCUCUUGAGAAACGGCCCUUAUCAAGUUCAUUUUUGGACCAGCGUUUUGACUACUCACGAUUAUUUUGUAAUGAUCAGAGGGUGCAAGAAAUGGCUCAAGCUUUCCAACGGAAAUCUGAAUCUUCACUCCAUGACUGUGAUACAUCUUCUCCCAGUGGAUCGUACUCUUUGCCCUAUGACGCACCUUUGCUGUUGACCAUUUUGCUGCCAUUACAGCACCAUGGAUUAAAGCAUUCUCGAGUAGGUCCAAAUCAAGAUUUAUCGUCAUCAGGACUCUUUCCGCUAAUAUCACCUGAGAAGCAAGGUAAUAAUGAACGCGCUUCCAUGUUUGUGUACGAAAAACAAUCAACUGAAGGUGUCGGAGAAAAGUCUGUCAUCAACAUAAGCCCAUUCCGUCGUGCCCGGAAACAUUUCAAGAAUAUAAUGGGAGAUCUCAAGGAGUCGAAGCCAUGCAAUGCUUCGUACCAUUUGAUGCGACAUACAAGGUCCACCAUUCAGGUUAUUAAGGAUAAAAGUAAUCGUAAAGGAGGUAGGAAAGACAUCCCAUAUGAUGAUAGUGAUGAUUCAAUUCCAGAUGAUCCUCAGGCGAAAAUGCAACGACCUCUUGAAAUUGGUACCCCAACAAACCUGGAAUAUCCACCUACUUUCGGGCAUGAUGAAAUUCUCCAAAGCAGCAGUUUUGGCAUCCCGGUGCCCUGCGGUCCAGUUCUUAUGGAUGGACGCAGAGCAAGCUCCAAUCGGAAGAAACCCCACCGACGUGGAAUUCGUAGUAAGUCCGACAUGAAGAUGCCACCCACAAACUGGAGUGUGGCAGGCACCUCCCAGUGGCAAUAUCCUGAAGAACUCAUGGUCUCUGAUAUCCGGGAACUGCAGUUGCUUGAUGAAUUUAUUUACAAAAAGCUAAUGAACCUCAGUCUGUACAACAGUCAACGAGAUACUAUCUGUGAUGUAGUUUUUAAAAAAUCUCUCAAAGAAUUUCAUCGAGACCUGACAGCUUGUUUGUCAAUUGCAAUGUUGAAAGACGUAGUGACCACUCAGUACAGGUACAGAGAUUUAAUGAAUAAUUUUGAACAGGUGUUACAAGCACAGGUGAAAAAUGUAGGAACCAAUGCUGCUUUCCCAGUGACAAUGGGGGUCAAUGCUUUCCGUGGCUUUUUAGAUGAAUUCAUGAAGGAGAGUAAAGAAAUCCGGCGAAAAGAAAAGAAGGAAGAAAGAAAAACUGAAUCCAAAUCUACGAAGAAAGAGCGCCAGAAGAAAGAUAUGUUGGAGUAUUUGGGACACAAAUUCCUUACAGUUCAAUUCAACAUUCCAACUUUCUGUGAGCUAUGUUCAUCAAUUAUAUGGAUCAUGGAAAAGGGUUUUGUAUGUCAAGUUUGUAAAUAUACAUGUCACAAAAAAUGUUGUUUUAAAUCGACAACUUCUUGUAAAGGUAUUCCGACUCCCCGGGCCAAUGAUGGUUCAGUUGGAAAUAACCAAGUAUUUGGCUUUCCUCUUGAGUCUUUGAUAACUGAUGGAGAAAAUGUGCCUUUGGUCGCUGAAAAGUUAAUCUCAGCUAUAGAACUACACGGUCUUUAUACAGUUGGCUUAUACCGAAAAUGUGGUGCCGCUGCCAAAGUGAAGCAGUUGAAGAAUGCAGUAGAUGAAGAAGGUAUUGAAAAUGUAGACUUAGAUGAAUAUCCAAUUCACGUACUCACCACGACGUUGAAGUGUUUCUUCCGCGAGCUUCCAGAACCCCUUUUAACAUACGAUCUUUAUGAUGAUUUCAUUCAAGCCUCAGAAAUCAAAGAGUCGGUAGAGGCCAUCCAAGCUUUGUAUGCAGUUACAGAACGUCUUCCCAAAUCUAACUACCAUUUAUUUGAACGUCUCAUAUUCCAUCUUGCCCGUGUGGCACAACAUGAAGACAGUAACAAGAUGUCUGCCAACGGAUUGGCAAUCAUUUUUGUUCCUUGUCUUUUACGAACCAACAAGAAAAUGCAAGCACAAGAAUCUCUCCAGCAAGUGCCCAAACAAUCUCAAUGUAUAGAAAGCAUAAUUUCUGAACAGCUGCGGAAAUUGAAGGCCACGCUAGCCGAUAUCAGCACCUUGAACACAGCUCAAGCCACUGCCAAUGACCGAUUAAUUUAUGUUAGAGCAAGUAUUAAGAGCCCUAAGCCUGGUGAAUCACCUGAAGAAGAGUUUGUAGAAGCAGCUGAAUCUCCAAGUCCUGACAAUCUCGGUCUCUUUGAUGCCAGAGCAGAAGAACUUGCUCUGUCUGCUCAUAUAGAAUGUAUUCAGAAGGAGAAGUAAGUCAUACAUACGCAUACAUG